GGUUCGUUUUUUUCUGGGAAGCACUGUACAAUAUAUUUCGUAUACAGAAAUGGUUUGUUCGAUCUAAUUUUGUUAAAUCAACAGAUAUCAACGACUGUUAUCCUAACCCGUGCAUGAACGGAGGUACUUGUGAUGAUGGAAUAAACUCUUUCACAUGUUACUGCGCGCUUGGUUACACCGAUAUUAAUUGUUCUACAGAUAUCAACGACUGUGAUCCUAACCCGUGUAAAAACGGGGCUGCAUGUAAUGAUGGAAUAAGCUUCUACACAUGUGAAUGCGUUCUUGGUUACACCGACGUUAAUUGUUCUACAGCAAUUGAUCCAUGUUUUUAUCAAACUCCAUGUGGGGUGAACGAGGAAUGUACAAACACUGACCUAGUGGAGAUCGGAUAUUUUUGUAAUUGCUCCGAAGGCUUCAUGAAACGAAAGGACGUCUGUAUGGCUUCAAGUUCCGUUGGUGGCUCGCUCAGAUUCGAUCGAGUAAACGGUCUACAAGUUUUAUUCACGGACUCUCUUGGUAACCCGCAGUCAGAGAACUACCUCAGUUUAGAACAAAUUUGUUACAAAAUCCUCCGUGAUGUUCUGAUGGGUUAUCCAAACCUGCUAAACAGCGACUGGGACGUUGUUAUUACUGGUUUCUCACCUGGUAGUGUUAUUGCUGAGUUCAUGGUCAUGGUGUUUGACACUGACAGUAACACACUGAAAGACCAAUCGUCAGCAGUCGAAGCCUUCCUUGGACAGCAGGAUCCAGGAGUAUGGCAAGCCCAAGAUGGUUCUGGCAAUCUUAAUGUUCUAACCAUUACUGCUUUCGGUGAAAUCUGCCUUACUUCCCCAUGUGUAAAUGGGAUGUGCCUGACGACCCCUGGGGACAUAGAUUAUACAUGCCGCUGCAACUAUGGAUUUACUGGACAACACUGUGAAAUAGAGGUUACUUGUUCCUUGCCUUUCCAUCCAUUCAGUCAUGUUGUUAGACCGAAAGGAGUGUACAGGGGUGACGAUUUUAUCACCAUCCAAUGUGAUGAAGGGCAGGAAUCAGUUGUAUGGCAAUGUAACGGUACGACAGGGACGUGGAAACAACUUGCAGACCUUGAUUGCGAGCCUGGUAUGUAA